AUGCCUACUAGUCGAAAUCCUUUAUCCAGUGCCCAUCCAGGUUUGAGUAAUUCUGCUGCUUAUCCUUAUAAAUCUGGUUCAAGAGAAUUGAGAGAUAUCAAUGGGGGCUUAAUGGGCAAUUCCAAUUUGGUUUCAGAUUUGAUUCCACCUUCUGAAUCCAAGAACUCGCCAUUGGGAAAUAAGCUGGAGCAGCAAGAAGCUGGUUACAGCAACAAUGUAGAAUUGACAAGCAGUAAUCCGUCUGUUUUUAAUAAUGGUGUGAGAAAUGAAGAUCAAGAUAAGUCUUCUUCACCUUCAAGGGCAAGAAGAAGUUCCGUAAGGAGACGGAGAAGUUCAAUGGUUGUCUAUAAAGAUGAACCUUUUCAAUAUGAAUAUCAACAUUCCAGUGGUUCCUCUGGAAAUUCCAGUCGAAGACCAUCUUUAGUACCUGCAUAUAAUUCCGUUUCAUCAUUAAAAGUAUUUUCUUCAAGACAAUCUUCUCCUGCUAGAACUCCUGGCAGAUCGAAUACCUUGACUCCAGUUUUGGGUCCAAAACAAAUAAGUCAGAAUCAAGAUAUCGCAACACCUAUUCCAACUUUGGUUUUACCGCCAGAAUUAGCAUCAUUGAAGACUCAAAGUACUUCAAAUUUCUCAUUGUCACAUCAAAGUCCUGAACAUGCACCUGCUCAAUCUGCUACUGCAAAAAGUUCUAGUACUACGGUGCAAAAUACUCAACAAAUGGCAUCAUCCUCAAGAAUCUCAUUAAACAAUCUGGGAUCAUCAACUACACCAGUAUCUAAAGUACAACAAAAUUCAUGGAAUGAAAAACAAUAUAUAGAAAAAAUACAGAAUUACGCUUCUCAUGAUUAUUACACUAGAGGUAUUGUAGCAUCAACCACCAAAGAAGAAGAUGCUGAGUUGGAGUUGGAGAUGGAUGAUAUGAUUGGAAAUAGCAUUAACAAUGACGAUGAUGUAGAUUUCGGUACAAAUUUUUUCACUGAAUACAAUAACCCAAGCAAUUCAAUACUAAUGAGUUCAAAGUAUCUUUUGCAUAGAUUAGAAUGGUUGAAACAUUCUGAUCCUUCAAACAUGACUGUGCGAGAUGUGUUCAAAAAUAUAAAUGGGAAAUCUGAAUUUGGUAAAGAUGAAUUAGCAUCAAACUUUUCAAGUUUACCAAUUGACAGCCAGAAAUUACUAUCUCAACUUUCGGAACAUCCAUUAGUCAUUGAGAGAUUUGAAUGGCAAACAAUGCUUUCAAAUGUUCUGAGGGGUGAUAUUAUCAAAAGUGAAAAAUCAAAAAUUGCUAGUCAAGUGAAACCUGCGGGACUGAAUAGACAAAUAAACCAAGAUAUUUGGUUAGAAUUAAAAUCUUGGAUGAAUGGUAAGAGUGUAGAGGAUCAAAAGAAAGUAUUAGAAAAUCUAAGAAACUCUACUGAUUCAUUCUUCGAAGAGAUUUUGCAUUUUAAAUUAGAUGAUGAUCUGACAUUUGAAGAAGCCGAAUCGAUUAUUACUCCAUUAAUAAAUAAACAUUUCAAAAUCAUUAAUUAUUGGUGUAAUUUAAAACAAUUGUAUGAAGACAAACCAAUUACGAAAACUCCUGAAUAUAGCAAUAAGAUAGAUGCAUUGAUAAGUUGGCUGAAUUUUUAUACUAAUUUUGAAUCUCAAAUCAAUUCUUUAAGGGAAUGGGUUGGUAAUAGAGAUCUAGAUGUAACUAAGGUAAUGAUGUCAUCAAGUAAUAUAGAAGGGGUAUAUCAUAACGGCAGGUCUUUUGCAGAACAAAUAAUGAACGAAAAAGGAAUUGAAACUAUAUUCCAAAAGAAAAUCUUCUUUCCAUUGGCUCCCUGGAUGUUAAAAGCAAAACUUUUCUUCUUUGACUAUAGAGAUAUAAUAGACUCAUUAAAUCUUUCCUAUCCAUAUCAACAGAUAGAACUUUUAUUGAUGUUUCCGAUGAAAUUAGUAAAGGAAGUUAUAUUGGUUAGAUUAGAAUACGCCAAACAAAUCGAGAAUCCAACUUUAAUGAUGAUCGAUGAAAUGAUCGAUGAUAUUACUUCGUACAUUAGACUUUCUGUUCAGUUGAAAUAUACAAUUAAUGAAUACUGCAUAGAUUGGAAUUUUGAAGUUGAAAUAGAUCCGACUUUUAAUGACACGGUCAUUAAAGCUAUAUCAUAUCUAUUUACAUUGUUAAAUCUAAAAUUAUUAGACUCUCAGAAAAUGUCUUUUAAAACAUUUAAAGAACCAGAUGAAUUAUUUAAAUAUUGGGAUGAAUUGAAAAACGUUGGACAUUAUAUUGAUGGUGCUGGUAAACUUAUUGCACGUGAAUUCAAUAGAUUAUCAUUAAGGCUAUUGAACAGAUUGCAUUUAUACACAUUACAAGAACAUAUACAACAUCCUACAUGUCCUACUUCCAUAGAGGCUGAAAAGUGGCUUUUGCAAUUAUUCGAAAAUGUUGGUACAACGAAAAGAAAAUUGAAUAGAUUUACUAAUAUUUUAGCUAAGUCUGUUCAAAACUCAAUUAAUUUUAAAAUUGAAGACCAUGAUCUUCUUUUAGAACAUUUAAAAAAUGCUGGUUAUUUUUUAAUAUAUACAGGAGGGGAACUCGAACAAAAUGGUUAUUAUUUGAUUGGUAGUCCAGAAUUGUUAGGUUGCAAAGAUACUGAAAUACUAAAAAUACUUCAAAAUUCUGAUAUUGGCUGUGAUUUAAUACCAAAACUAGAGAUUAAAAACAGUUUAGCCUUAUACAACGCAUCUGAUCGUGCUUUUAACCCAUAUUCAAUAAUUACACAUGAUUUUGGAGAUGAUGGCACAUCUUACUAUAAUAUUUUAAAUGAAAAUGAAAAGUUGAACACAAGACGAAAUCCUAGAAAUAUUUCUGGAAUAUUUCAUGACCCAGAUAAAGAAUUAUUUUCAUUAGAAAAGCAAUUACAAUCUCUAGGUUGUAUUUUAGUUCUAUCACCAUCGGAACCAAUGUUAUGGGAAGGUGAGAUGUACAAUUUAUCCGAUGAUUUCAUCUUGAAAUUAGAUGAAUUCAAAAUAAAGGUUUCACCCAACCAUCUAACAAUGUUAAAUCAGGGUUCUAGCCAUUCCUUAACUUACCUAUCUGAUAAAAUGUUACAAUUGGCGGGGAACUGUAUUUCUUUUGUUGAAAGAAAGUGUUCUUUUUCCUCUGUUGAAAAUGGAUUACAAAGGAUAAAUAAGGCAUAUUUUAGAAUCACCUAUAGUGUUUUGAACAACUUUCCAAAGGUUUUGAGUACAUAUCAUAAAAUCUGUCCCGGUGACGAAUUGUUGAACAGUAUUUUCUUAUUUGCAAGAGAUUUCGGUAGAAGUUUCUUACGAGUAAAUGUUGCAACAUAUGCUAAAAAAUCUGUUAUUAUUAUGUUACUAAUGAAAAUAAGUAUUACAUGGUUAUCAUUUUUGGUGGAAAAGUGUGAUCCUACAGAUUUGAGAACCUUCCGUUGGUGUGUUCCUGCCAUUGAAUUUGCAAUGCAGAUAACAUCUGGUUGGAAUAUCCUUGGUUUGGAUGAUAAACAAUUUACAAUGUUAAAACAAAAAAUUGCAAGUAGUAUGUCACUAUUAAUUUCCCACUUUGACGUUAUGGGUGCCAGAGCCCUUGAAGCCGAAAGAACUCCACAACAGAUAAGACCUCAUAUCGAUAUCGAAGAUGAUGUUGGAGAUGAUGACAUGUUAAUGAUAAAUUCACAAGUAAGAAUGAGGGCAAUAGAAGAAUUAGAAAAUCAAACUAUUAGAAAUCCACAUCGGGUAGGGAAAGUUUUGGAUGAUACUGACAAAGACAAUAAAUAUUUAUUAUCGUUAGCAUCAUCAAUGUCGAACGUUUCAAUCAAAUGGCAAAAGAGACAAUUUAUAGGUUCUGGUACAUUUGGAAAUGUUUUUUCUGCUGUUAACUUAGGUAGUGGUGAAAUAUUAGCGGUAAAAGAAAUUAAGAUUCAAGACUCAAAGACAAUGGAAAAAAUCUUCCCACUCAUUAAGGAGGAAAUGUCAGUCUUAGAAAUGUUAAACCAUCCAAAUAUUGUCCAGUAUUACGGUAUCGAAGUACAUAGAGAUAAGGUUAAUAUAUUUAUGGAAUUUUGUGAAGGUGGUUCCCUGGCAAGUUUGCUAGAACACGGAAGAAUCGAAGAUGAAAUGGUGACACAAAUGUACUCAUUGCAAUUACUAGAAGGUUUGGCUUACCUACACCAAUCUGGUAUUGUCCAUCGUGACAUUAAACCUGAAAACAUUCUGUUAGAUUUCAAUGGUAUUAUCAAAUAUGUCGAUUUUGGUGCAGCCAGGAAAUUAGUUGAAAGUAAUUCGAAAUUCAUUACGACUAGUAACAAAUCGGAUGCUGAAGAUGACCAAGACACCACGAAGAUGUCGUCUAUAAAGAAUGAUGGAAAUGGUGUUAUGAAUAUGGUCGGAACUCCAAUGUACAUGGCUCCUGAAGCAAUCACUGGUUCGCCAAGCAAAGGUAAAUUCGGUGCUGAUGAUGUUUGGUCUCUAGGUUGUGUCGUCCUAGAGAUGGUUACAGGUAAAAGACCUUGGGCAAACUUGGAUAACGAAUGGGCAAUCAUGUACCAUGUAGCUGCAGGACAUAUCCCGCCACUACCUGCCAACGAUGAACUAUCAACAAUAGGUUUUAAAUUCUUAAGGAGAUCUUUACAACAGAAUCCAUCCACGAGAGCGACUGCUGUAGAAUUGUUGACUGAUCCAUGGAUUGUAGAGAUUCGUGAACUUGCAUUCGGUACUCCAGAUUCAGAAACCUCAGCAAACACCAGUCUGGGCGAAGCUGAACAACAGCAGAACUAG